CCUUGUGGUCCUUAGGAAGUCGGUCAAUAGGUUUGUGUCCGGGUAGGUCCAAGUGGUGAGGAGUGGGACCUUUGUCGUGCACCUGACACCACCAUGGUAGACACCCGGCGCGACACCUCCACUAUGCCGUACACAAAGGAGGAGGAGGCGAAGAUGGCCGCCAUCCUGCAGGAGAGGAAGGAGAAGAAGGAGGCCAAGAAGAAGGCCCUGCAGGAGGAGCAGGCGGCAAAGUUGAGAAAGAUAGAGGAGGAGAUGGCCAGGGAGAAGGAAAGAUUGAAAAAGGAAGAAGAGCAGAAGCUGAAGGAGGUGGAAGAAGAAGAGGAGGAAGAUGAUCAGCCACUGGAGAGGAGAAGAGAACAGCGAGGGCAGCACAGUGCCAGCAAAGACGAUGAAAUGGAGAAGCGGAUCUCAGAGUGGGUCGCCAACUUGUCCCUGGGAGAAGAAGAAGAGGUAGCUAUGAUGGAGUGGAAGUUGAGAGUGAUGAGGGAAAAGAAGAGGAAAGUGAACGCGGCGAUUGGCGCGGUCAAGGACCUAGGGGAGAUGCAGCAACUAACCCUGAAGUUGACCCCUCAGGUAGACCUUGAGAAAAAGGUAGAACUCAUUGCCCAGACUGUCGAGCGCUUAGCUCGGAUACAAGAACAACAGUACGAUUUUAGUCGAAGUCAGGACAUGGCUGUGCGCUCCAUACGAAUGGGGUUUCGGGACUUUGCUCGCGAAUUGGUAGGCGCGAUAGGAUCUGAGGUGAAUCAUCGCCUCGAGAAGACUGAACGAUUUUGCGCUGGCGCCAUUGAGGGCGUCAAGGCGGCAGCUCCCAAGGAAGAGGAACCACGCCCGCCGCGUAGAGAGCCAGUCAAGGUCAAAUUCCCUGAUUCCUACAGUGGGAAGAGGGAAGAGAACUUUGAUAACUUGGAGGCCAACGUUAAGACCUACGUGCAUCUGCAACAGGUCUCCCCGGAUCAGCAAGUUCUAAUUGCGAUCCACGCACUUAAAGAUGAGGCCGCCAGUUUCGCAAGAUCCCUUGUUCGCGCUGCCAACUGCAGUGACGAUCCAGUUGCCUAUUCGGCAUUUACUUCCCUCACUGAGUUCAUGAGAUUGCUGCGCGAGCGAUUUGCGGAUGUCGCUCGAAGUGUCAAGGCCUCAGAUAGGCUCCAGACAAUCCACUCUUGUAAGACCCUCGAAGAGCAUCAGGGUCAUCUCAGGCAGGUCUUGGAGAAGCUGAGGGAAGCUAACUUCAAGAUCAAUGCAAAGAAGUGCGAUUGGGCAAAGACCCAAGUUCUGUACCUAGGCCACGUCUUAGACGGAGACGGCGUUAAGCCAGAGGAUAACAAGAUCGCAGCAAUUAGAGAUUGGCCCACGCCACGUACGCUGACCGAGUUGCGCUCGUUCCUGGGCCUAGCUAAUUCCUAUAGGAAGCUCGUGAGGAACUUCUCCACCAUCGUUGCGCCCCUUCGCAGAUUGCUGAGAAAGGAAACCAUCUGGAAGUGGGAUAAGGACUGCACGUCUGCCAUGAAGAAGUUAAAGCAGGCAUUGAUAGAGUAUCCAGUCCUUAAAGUCGUCGACCCGUCCUUGCCCUUUGUCGUCACGACCGAUGCGAGCCAAUACAGUAUAGGUGUAGUGUUGCAGCAAGACGAUGGCAAUGGGUAUAGACCCGUAGAGUUCAUGUCCGYYAGRAUGCCUUCAGAGAAGGUCGCGACAUCUACCUAUGAGAGGGAACUCUACGCUCUCAGGCAAGCGUUAGACCACUGGAAGCACUACUUGCUUGGGAGGCACUUCAAAGUCUAUUCCGAUCAUGAGACACUGAGAUGGUUAAAGACGCAGGCCAAGAUGACACCUGAGCUUACUAGGUGGGCCGCAGAAAUAGAUCAAUACGACUUCGAGCUCAAGCCUGUCAAAGGGAAGUACAACGUAGUCGCGGAUGCUCUAAGUAGGAGGGCAGAUUACUUCGGGGCAAUAGUGCACUACCUCGAUAUAGGGAAGGAUCUGCAGCAGAAGGUUAGAGAAGCCUACGCGCAGGACCCUAUCUAUAGUGAGAUCCUUAAGAAGGUCAAGGAGGCCCCAGAGACUGAACCGAACUACCGCACUACUUAAGGGUUGCUUUUUUAGAAGACUAAUGUAUUUGACCG